UAAAAAUUGUUUAAUCAAAAAAAAACCAAAAAAAAACUUUUGACUAUCAAAUACUCAAAUUGAUUUCGGUAAAAUAACUUGAAAGCAAUCAGUGUGACCGGCAUUUGAGUUAAAUACGCCCAUUUCGUCACUUUGGGCACACUUCCACAAACCAUAAUGCAUAUCUGUCUAGUUGCCGCGAAAACUGCCAGCAACUGAGCUUUAAUCCGCCCGAGAAGAUGACACUAAUUGGGCCGCGGUCAGCGCUGAGUGUGUUUAGUGUUUUUGUUUGGGACUCGGUGCUUCUGUUUCUGUUUCCGUUUCUGUUUCGUUUUAUGUUUUUAGUGCGACGCAUUAUAGUGUUCAGUGUCAGUGUUGCUUGGUUCUUCACGGACAACUGACGAUUGUUGAUUCCGUGUGGUGUGUGGCCUGAUUCUGGUCACCUGUCGAAAAUUGCGAGUGCGAAUUAGUAUGACGCCGCCCCGGCUGAGUCGCUAUUUGAUGGCAGUGCGUGGUGGGCGCGAUGGGGAGCAGCACAGCAAGAACUCGCAGACCGACGAAGAGAAGCAGCGCGAUCGACAGCGCAACGAGCGCGAGGCCAAAAAGGAAGAGCAGGACGCCAUCAACUACAAGCGCGACAAGGAGCAACGCGAGGCCCGUCUGCUGGACUUUGAGAUACGCCGCCAGCAGAAGCGGGACGAGCAGCAGCAGCAGCGCCAGCAGCAGCAGCAACUGCAGCAGCACCGCGAGCAGCAGCACCAGCAGCAGCAGCAACAUCAGCAGCAGCGCGAGCAACUGCAGCAGCAACACCGCGACCAGCAGCAACAUCAGUCCAGUGAGAAGAGCCCGCCCACCUCGUCCGCCGCCUACCAGCCACAUACGCAUCCGCAGCAGCAGCAGCAGCAUCAGCAUCAGCAACACCAGCGACAGCAUUUGCAUCUGCAGCAGCAAUAUCUACUGCAGCAACAACAACAACAGCAGCAACAGCAACAACAGUCGACGGGUAGCGGUAGCAGCAACACCCCAGUGACCCCAAAAUUGCAGACACCGCCACCUGAUCGCUCGCUACCGCCCGCCUUCCGAAGUCGCUCCAUCGAACGGGAGAUCCUCUACGAACGGAAGCGAUUCUCGCAGCCGGAAGCCGGCGAGAUCAAGGAGCUCGAAAGUACGACAUCAUCAUCGUCCACGCAGCAGACUUUCCCCGGCAGCGCAGUCGGUGCGGGCAGAGCGUCGACAGCGGCGGCAGCAGCGGCGGUACCCGGGAGCGGGACAGCGGGACAAACGACGACAUUGGCGGGGCCGCCAGCAACGGCCGCAGCUGCCACAGCUGCGAUCAUCCCGAUAUUGCCGCUCGGCGUUGCCACGCUGCGCGAUGAUUCCACCGAAUCCGAGCAGUCCGUGACCUGUGCGCAUAACCAGCUCGAUGCCUACCACCGCAUCAUGUGCCGGGCUCCCAUUGCGUCACUCGACUGUAUGGAGGAGUUCAGUGGCCGUUCGAUCAGCUUGGGUUCCAAUCCGGCGCUGCCCCUCCGCCAUGGAUCCACUCCGACGCCGGGGCUGCGGUACAAGAAUCUCGGCAAGAGCGGGCUGCGCAUCUCGAACGUGGGCCUGGGCACCUGGCCGGUCUUCUCGCCGGGCGUCAGUGAUGACCAGGCGGAGGCCAUCCUCAAGCUGGCCAUCGAGAGCGGCAUCAACCUGUUCGACAUCUCGGAGGCGCACUCGGAAACGGAGAUCGGCAAGAUCCUGCAGCGGGCGGGAUGGAAGCGGACCGCCUACGUCAUCACCACCAAGGUCUACUGGAGCACCAAGUCCGAGGAACGGGGUCUUUCCCGGAAACACAUUAUCGAGUGUGUUCGAGCAAGUCUGCAGAGGUUGCAGUUGCAGUACAUCGAUAUCGUUAUCAUCCACAAGGCAGAUCCAAUGUGCCCCAUGGAGGUGGUGCGCGCCAUGAGCUACGUUAUACAACAGGGCUGGGCAAUGUACUGGGGCACCGCCCGAUGGAGCCAGGUGGAGAUCAUGGAGGCGUAUACCAACUGCCGGCAGUUCAACUGCAUCACGCCAAUUGUGGAGCAAUCGGAAUACCACAUGUUCUGCCGCGAAAAGUGCGAGCUCUAUCUGCCGGAGAUGUACAACAAGAUCGGGGUGGGCCUGAUGGCCUGGGGCCCCCUCUCGAUGGCCUUGAGCGACACCCAGAACGGCGACAAGCUCUUCCUCCCCAAGGGAUCUUUCAAGACGAAGAGCUUCUCGUGGACAGAGGACGAAAUUAAUCGCAAUGCCGCUCUGUCGCCGCAGGGCAGUUGGGGCAAGGACCGGAUCGAGGAGGGGCGCCGCCACUGCGACCGCCUCCGUGACCUUGCCGCCCUCGCCGAAAAGCUGGGAUGCAGCCCCACCCAACUUUCGAUCGCCUGGUCGCUGAAACACGAGCCAGUGCAGUGUUUAUUAUUGGGUGCCACCUCGGCGGAACAGCUCCACCAGAGUCUGCAGUCGUUGCAGCUGCUGCCACGCCUCUCCUCGAGCGUCAUGCUGGAGCUGGAGCGGAUAUUGGAGAACAAGCCGGUGCGGCCGCCGAUGAUCUCGACCCUGGCGCUCCGGUGACAAUCAGCGUGCCCGCAGGGGCCGCUCAGCCUGAGCGGCGGCGGACCCUGCGGCGCCGAUUCGCCCAAGCACGAGGACGAGGCCUUCAUCGAGGAGGUGGACGCUGCCAAGGACGCUGCCAAGCAGGGCUUCUGCCUUAUCCAGUGACGAAAGGAGUCCUUAGAUAACGAUAAUAAAUUUUUGAAAGUGAUUAGCAGUAAAACUAGCCUAAGUAGCAAUACCAUGACGACAACAAUAAGCAAGCAGGAGCAGCAGCAGCAGCAGCAGCAGCAGCAGCAGCAACAGCAACAGCAACAGCAACAGCAACAGCAACAGCACCAGCACCAGCAGCAGCAGCAGCAAUAUGUGCAACUACAACAGCAGCAGCAACAUCAGCAGCAGCAGCAACAGCAACAGCAACAUUUGCUGGCCAGCGGCAACACCAGCGAUUCGGUAGCUAUUCCCAUCGCAGCAGCUGACCUCCAGUUCGACACCCUGAAUAACAACAAUGUAAACAACGGCAGCCCGGAUCAGGUCGUGCCCUCCAGCGAGGAGCCCCAGAAACGACGCUCCCUGCUCAACUUCAAGUCGCUGGACUUUCACCUCAAGUCCCUGUACAGCGGCCUAAGGAGCACAUCGGGCACCACUCCGCCAAGUCAGCCGAUUAGUUCGGUGCCGGCGAUGGAUCAAACGCAGCGAAGGAUGCCUUAUUUGCGGGUGGAGAGCGUGGAUCCCGAGGAGCCAAGAGGCGGAGGCGGAGGAGGAGGAGGAGGAGGAGGAGGACCAACGGUAUUGCCAGGACAUUCCCCCAGCCUUCUGUCACCCUUCACUGGAGGAGGUGGUGGUGGUGGUGGUGGUGGCGUCGUCCUCGGAGGAGGAGCUGCAAGCCUCCAGUUGCCCUCGUCGGAUGGGUCCACCAUUAGGAGAUCCUCCACAUCGGAUAUAGUGAAUUGCAAGAGGGGAGGGGGAGCAGGAGGAUCAGGAGGAUCAGGAGUGGUGGGGUCAGCCUCCGCCCAGGAUAGCCGGAGGCCAAGCACCUCGGAUUUGCUCAGGAAGGCGAGGGAACGCAAAGGCAGUGAGGCCAGAAUGGGCAGGAGUGUCUCCCACAGUGGACUAACCAGAGGUGGACCCGGCGGAGGAGGUGGUGGCCUGGGGGGCAGACGAACCAGCAUGGCCUUCUAAAAAAAAAAAAAAACAUAAACAUAAACACUGAGGAACAUUUAAGCAAUGAGGGGUAACGAAAAGUGGCGAAAAAAAAAACUGUUGAUCAAAUCUGAAUCAGAAAUAGGCUGACAAAAUGGCGCUUAUGAAUUUUUAUCUAUUAAAAAGUAAAAAAUAAAAAAAAAAACAAAAAAUAAAACAAAAAUUACCAAUACCAAUACCAAUAAUAGAGCAGUUAUUAAGGAACGACUUUUUGUGGAUCUAUUAUCAUUACGAUUAUAAAAUGGUUACUACAAUUGCGCCUCGAAGAGAACUAAAGUUAGUAGAUGAUAAAAACAAGUAAAAGAUCAGAAACAUAACACUUCAUCUCUCCUAAACUCUGUAUCUCUCUCCCUCUCUCUCUCUCCCCCCAGCAAUUUAAUAUAUAUAUAUAUAUAUUUAAAGGACCCCAACUUUUAUGACAAUAUUAGAACCUAACUAUCGUGUACUAUCGUUAACUAUCGCCUGGCAAAAGCUCUAAAAACUAACCUGCGUUCUGGCCCCAAAAACCAAAAACCAAAAAAAUUAAAAAUUGAUUCAAGAUCGAUCCAUUAUAUCAUCGUACUGUGAGAGUUCAUAUCAAGCGAAAAGGAUACCCAAAGAUAUAUAGGGAUAGCAAAGCAAAUGUCUUUUUGAUUAAUCGAUUAGUAGACUUAACGAGUGUAAAACGAUUGUUAACGAUUGACUUGAGGCGCUGGAGGGGAACGAUGAGCGAUUAAUAAUAAAGAUAAACGAUAACGCAAGGUAGGGGGAAAUUCGUCGGUUAAUUAAAUUUUAGCUAAAUGAAAAAAAAAACAAAAAAAAAAACUCAAAUGAAAAACUAAUAGAAACAAUUCAAAUCAAAUCUUAUUAUAUAGACAUUACUAGCAUUAUGUAGUUAAAUAAUAACAAUUCAAGCGAAAUUUUUUUAAAUCAACAAACGAAAAAAAAAAACAAAGCAAAUGCCUUUCAUAACAGCAACAACAACAACAGAUAGUUUAUAUUUUAAAUAAAUGCAGAUAUAUAUAGAGAUAUACACACACAUAUGUGAAAAAAAACGAUAACGAAAACGAAAACGAAAAUGAUGAAAUAAAACAAAGCAGCAACAAAUUGUUAUUAAUUAAUUGUAGUCCAUUAUCCCAAUGGCCCAUAUACCAUAUCUCAUAUAAGUGAAAACACCAAUAUAGCAGCAUGUAGGAUACACAUAGAGGGGAGUUCCCGGACCCCCUCCCGAAUACCAUGUAUUUUAUCAUCAUUAUCGAGUACAUAUAUAAAGUCUUUCUCACAUACGGACUGUGAUUUCAUAUAAAAGUAAACGUAAACAAAGUAAACAAUUAAUUAUUAUAUCUAACAUAAUGUAAUUAAAGGCUAAGUUCAUUCGAGAGAUCUCGCAGAUAACCACACCCACUCACACACACAAAAACCCACACACGCACACCGCCCCCAAAAACACCUUUGUAACUUAAAAAACGUGUUGGAAAAAAGCCCCAUAAGUAGCAAUUUUCCAAUCGAAUGGCAUUAUAUACUCUACUCUACAAUUAAUUAACCAAAAGCGAUUGCCUUAAUAACGAAUAAUAACACAAGAUUAGAUCAGAUCAGAUCAGAUCAGAUCGGAUCGGAUCGGAUAAAACCCAGUCGGGGGCCGGUUUCCUCAAACUUCAGUUCCAGAUCGGAAUACAUUAUACACACAUUUGCAUCCAUUCGCAUAUAUUAUAUAUUACCGCACUGUUGCUUGAGAAAUUGUCCCGCGCAGACAAAUAAUAUAUAUAUUGGUUUAGCUCCAUCAGAUCACUCACAGAAAAUAUCUAUAUAUAUAUAUAUAUAUAUAUAUAGGAAGUACUUAUAUAUAUGAGAGUAAUUGCAUUUUUUAGUAAGUAGUUAAUCCGUCCUCAACAAACGGCCAACCAAAUGACGCGAAAAACUAUGGCGAUUGUGGCGCUGCUUAACCAAUAACCGUUAUCCUAAUUUUAAAAACAUAUAAUUAAAAAAAAAAACCUUACUUUCAAAUCAUUGUAAAGCAUAAAGUUUGUUAUUUAAAGGUUGUGAUGUUAAUGUUCUAGAACCUUAUUUAUUCAAAAAAAAAAAAUGCUGAAAAAAUCAAAUACAUAUCUACGAAUGAGCGAAUUACAAGUAUAUUGAUUUGAAAUAUUGUUAUGAACUUAGCUAAAUUAUUGGUAAACAAAUGUAUAAUCUAUCUUAACAAUACCAAUCAGUGAAAUCGUUUCAAGAUUCUUGCUUUAAAAACAUUUAACAUUUUGUCAGUCAAUUACUUUUUAAAAACAAACGCAGGUUUUUUUAUAUUUUUCAAAAUUCUUAUAUUGUAAGCUUAAGAAAUAAAAGCUCUAUUAGUUUAUUAUUAAUUAUUUAUGUUAUUCGGCAUUUUUGAUAUCCUUAAAUAAUUAAAACAUAUUCUCAAUUCCAAUACAACACUACUAGGCUAAACGGGUAAUUGAUAAAUAAGCAGCGCCUUUCGUUACAUCCAAUCAUCAAUUGUGGCCACGCCCCUUGAAAAAACAGCCACGAUGUGUGAACCGGAAAGCAAUAAUUCAAUAUAAUGCUGAAACAAGUUCAACUAACAAAUUGAUGUACAUACAUAAAAGUAAACAACAACAAAAACUAAAAAGCACAUACACACAGUUGCAUUAUGAGAUUAUUUUUAGUCUGUUGUUAUCGCAAUUAUUAUGACUAUUAUGAUUAUUAUGAUUACGAUUAUUAUUAACUCGUAGCUAGUAAAAUCGAAUGAGGAUCAGCAAUUUAUAUGCCUAAGCCUAAAAGUAAUCAGAAACUACACUUACACCCAUACUCAUGCCGUUAGAGUAAUACAAAUACAACAGCCACACACACAAACAAUACACUGACAAAAAAAAAAAAAAAGGAAACGUAAUGAAAGCAAUUGCAGCAAGCAAAAGCAAAAAGUAACGGAAAGUAUUAAGAAGCAAAGAAGCGUAGCGAUUAAAUCUAGUCAACAAAUUUUACUUUACACCAAAUCAGAAAUAUUUAUAACAAUUGCAAUAACUAAACGAGGUGCGAUAUAAUGAAAGCGUAUAUAUAAUAAUAUAUCUUAAAAUUAUUUUCUUAUCGAAACUGGCAAUAAUAAAUAUUAAUAUUAACUUAAACAACUAAAUAAUUAUAUUAUACACGCGCGAUAACUUCGUAAGUUUACUUCGUCAAGAGGAAACUAUUUUGGAGGAUCAUCAAAUAAAAAAAACACUUUAAAACACACUGAUAACACUUAGAGAAAAACUCGCUCAGACACACACACACACACUUGAUUUGAAAUUAAGUCCACGCCAAGCGUUCACACAACACACACACACACACACACACAAACACACACACACACACACACAUGUAAAAGGAGACCAGUGUUCACACACUUGCGUUCACCAUUUGCUACUGCACCAGAAUACACACAACUACACACAAAAUCAG